UGGUGAUGAUUCACCUUAUAUCUAUCAGGUAAAAGAAAUUGUUAUUAUAUUACUUGAUAUAUUUAAUCGUUAACAUCAAGAAACUGACGCGUUUUUUUAUUGGUAGCCUAUGUCAAUGGACUUUUUUCGAAGUUAUAUUGACGAAACCUUGGAAGAAUUUUGUUUUCUUGUUGGUGGAACGAAUUAUAUUUCAGAUAUUUCGUAUUCAAAAGAUGAAACUCUAGAGGUUAAUGUUGGCUUUCCAGUGUGGGGUGAGGUUUGGGAAAUAUUAUGCCACGAUUACGAUUUCAAGAAAGGUCAUGUCAUGAUUAUAUGGAAUAUUGAGGAUGAUUUUGUUUGGAGGAAGAAUGUUCCAUAGUCGUACGAACAACACAUAUGGUAUAUCAAAUGGAUGGGCUGGGUAUAUAAAUGAUGGGUACGAUGCCAUAGCGGUUGACCAUGAUGUGUUUGAUGCUGUUAUCACAAAUAUUGGAAUGAUGGAGUGUUUGAUUAUACCAGAAGUGUUUAUGAUGCGUCACGGUAUUAGAGGUCAUGUAGCUGCUAAAUUACGUUACCAAGGACGGACUUACAAGAUGAAGAUAAAGAUGUGCCAUAAUAAGUAUUAUGGUAUCUUUGGUGAUUGGUGUGAGUUUAUCAAUGAGAAUGGGCUUGUGAUGUUUCCGGUGAUAGAAGGUGGUGUUGAAGUAAUGAAAACAGUUAAACUGAUGUUCCGCCUACAUACAAAGACAAUAAGGCAUGAGUAUGCAUUAGUAUUUGAUGUUUAUUAGGUUUAAAGCAUGUUUUAGAUUAUGAUAUUAUAAAGUCUGGUUAGAGACAAUGACGAUCAUGUGAAACUGUCUUUUAAUUAGUAUUAAUAAAGUUUUUGUGAUUUUUAUAAA